CACUGCCAUUUCAGAAUCUAAGACAUACGCUAAUACUGAAACAGAAAUCGAAGCAGAGGUUCAGAGCGAACUUAAAAACGGUGCAUUAGGAGGAAAGAAAAUUUCUAAUUCAACUAGUUUCGAUUUAUCAUCUAACGGACAAAAGGCUAAAGCAAAUUUUCACUUCAAAAUGUCGGCGGAAGCAGCGAAGCUUUUCCAAACAUUGCAAGAAAGUCCACUUCCUCUAGAGGAAAUUUUGUAACGAAAAGUGUGCAUCCAGACUGAAGUCAACAAAAAUGGCCACACAGUGCAGUACUAGUACAGACGAGGGUUGUGAAACAGAUCAAACAAACGAAAUGAGAGACUGUUCGCAAUCUACUUCUGAUCUAACUCAACGAAUACAAUCUUAUGCUAGCAGUAGUUCAUCAAGCGGAGUAAUAGGAAGUUAUUCGAAAAGCUUGAGCCAAAACCUUAGUCGUGGUUCAUCAAACAGCAACUGCUCAAUUUUAGAAGGCAUCGAUUUGAACAUGACAAGCAUUGACUUGGCAAGUAGUCUACCCUCGUGCGCCAGUAGUACCACCUUAGCGACAUCUGAUCAGAUGUCAGAUCGUUCCAUCUACAAAAGCAAUAAUUCAUGCUUUCACUUGCCCGUUUCGAGCAAUUCUUCGACAUUGUGUGCUAAUUCUCCGGAGACUUGCAUUGAUAAAAGGUCACCAAUUAAUUUUAGGGAAGGUCGUCGGGCAAGUGAUGGUCUUGUUGCCCAAGGAUUUGCAAAUUCAAUGACAAUUUUGAAUUCUGCCGUUGGUUAUGGUAGUUAUCGUUACGACAGCCGAAAACAGGACUGUUGGCUGGAGUUGCAGCAACUGCAAAAGGAAGUUGUGUCACUUAAAUCAAAGUAUCGUAACAAUAAAGUACCUCUAGACGAUGGAAACAAUUAUCAAUUUCAAAGUAGUCAAUUUUACUCAAUACCAAAUAGACUGUCAUUAGAUUUACAUCACCAGAUGAUGCAAACGCCACAUGCUCCGAGGACUCCACAUCUAGUACGGCCAAACCACAGUUUUGAAAGUGUUGAUUUAAAUCCACCAUUUCUAAGCAAUGGGCGUUUCGAUUCAACUAAUUUGCCGAUGACUAGCGCAGCCCGUGGUGACAUGGCUUUGCUUUGCAACGUGAGUCCAUUGGCGAUACAGAGACAGCCUCUGCAGCAACAACUGAUGCAACACAGAUUUCUGCAGCAAAAGCGGCAACUCUUACAAAAGCAAUAUGCGCUGGAGUCACAUAUUUCACGUCAACAACACCUUAUGCGUGAACAAUAUUACAAAGUAGGCCAGACGCAACAGGUUAUAGGUCAAAAUUUGAUUGCAACCAAUUUCGAGCCGACGGAAUCGUGCCCACCUAGUGAUAUUUUUAUUCCCGGCUUGAAUGCCUUUGACCGGAGUACAGGCAAAAUGCAACAUCCUUCUAUGAUUCCGCUGCCUUACGGGCCAACUAUCAGCAACUACAUGAAAACGUCUUACAUUAAGCAACAAUCCCAGAACCUAUCAAUGGUAACAAUGCCAACGAAAUAUAUACCGCCGUUAAGUAGGCAUGCAUCAGAGACAUGGAGCUCACUUCCGACAACAGUGGCUAAUAGUCAAUUGAAAAAAGCAGGCAAAUUAAUAGAAAACGGCGGACGUUUAGCACCACAGUUUCAUGCAAAUGCAAAUGUUUACACAUCGAACUGGCAAACCGUCAUAAGGCCUCUUAGUGAAAGCCCUAUUCUGGAGUUAGCUGAACAUUUGGAGUCUGUUUGAUCAUUUUAUAAUUAAAAAUUUACAUACUUAAUUCGUAUCGAAAGCAAGAACAAUAAAAUAAUAUCAAUUACUUAAUUGCAUUUACACUUUAAUAGUUAUAGUUAUUAUUGUAAAACCAUGCAUAAUAUGCUUAAAAUAAACA